AUGGAUCGAUUGAAGACAAAGCGUUCGGUUCGACGGACGAAGAACACCAAGCUGGUCAACGAAGUGUGUUCAUUGCUGCAACAGCCGGACGUCACCGUCAACGCCCUCCACAGUCUGCGGGACCGUCUCAUCGCUAGCAACGACGAACUGAAGCAACUUAACGUGCAGAUCGACCCCCUCGUUGCGGAUGAUGAUCUGGAAGCCGAGUACUCGACCGUCGGAGACUACGAAGAUGAGUUCGUGAAAGCCCUGAGUGACAUCAAGAGUAAGUUGGCUGCUUUACAAAUGUCAUCAAGCGCGUCUCCUCCUGUCAGCUCGGCGACCGGCCCCGAAAAGCCCCGCAACACUGGUGUAAAACUUCCUAAACUUCAAUUGGUUCAGUUCAAGGGAGAAUUAUCACAGUGGCAACCGUUCUGGGAACAAUUUGAAGCGACAGUCCACAACAACGAUCAACUGUCGGACGUAGAGAAACUGCAGUACCUGCGUUCGCUUCUGGUUGGCCCAGCAGCUUGUGCAAUAUCAGGAUUACAGUGCACAGCAGCGUGCUACAAGGACGCGCUGGACAUUCUCACCCAACGUUUCGGAGACAAACGCCGUAUCGAACGUGAGCAUCUCCACAAUCUGAGACACCUUCCUCGCGUGAAGUCGUCAGAAGAUGUUCCGGCGCUCCGAAAGCUGUACGACCGGGUCCAAACGAACACACGCGGCCUGCAAUCACUUGGGGUCUCCAGCACUACAUAUUCCUCCAUGAUGGUGGACAUUCUCUUAUCGGUGCUUCCGUCCGACAUCGUGGUUGAAUAUCACCGAAAGUUAAGCACAAUGGAGUCCUCCUGCCGACUGGAAGAUGACGCGCCCUCUGCUGCAUCUCGAGGAUCGUCGGAUGCGGCGUCGGAUGCCUCCCAGGCCUCUACAGAAAUGGUGAGGCUCCUAAAUUUCCUGCGCGUGGAGAUCGAGAGCCGCGAACGCGCGGGUGUGUUGGACAGUAAAUGGGACAACACACCAGCACCCAAACGUAAACACGGAGGGAACCCUCCAUCGGCGCUCGUGCUCCACAGCACCGGCAAGGUGAGCUCCGGUUGCUUCUUCUGCGGAUCAAAAGGCCAUAAUGCAGAUACUUGCACGGGAGACCUUACAUUGGAGGAGAAGAAAAGGAAACUUGGAUCAUCGAAAAGAUGCUUCCGGUGUACAAAGCAGGGGCAUAUGUCUAAGAACUGUCGGUAUGGGGGAAGAUGCGCAAAAUGUGGUGGGAGACAUUGUGUAUCGCUAUGUGAUCCAUCCUGGAAACCGAAGUUACCGCAGGAUGCCGCCCAGCAGAUGACCACCACCAACUUGUUCUCCGCGAGUGCCUCUCCGACUUUACCGCACACGGAGGUGCUACUUCAAACUUUCCGCGCUUGGGCUGUUACGGAUAUCAACUGUGCAUACGUGCGAGGCAUAAUUGAUGGCGGUAGCCAACGAACGUUCGUCCGUGAGGACCUCGUGGACAAGCUGGGAUUACCAGUAAUUGGAACAACCAAUAUACGCCUCAAUACUUUCGCAACUUCGUGCGCAGACCAUCACAGCAGAAGCUUGAGGGUUGUUCAGUUGCGUCUAAGGAGCCAGUACAAGACCACAGAACACAUCCUCGAGGCAAUCGCCAUACCGUUCAUCUGCGAAGACGUGGUGCAAACGCCCAUGGACGUCUCUUUCGUAACGAGCUUGCGUCAACAAGGUAUGGAGAUUGCGGAUCGUCUCCUUUUCCCAUCUAUCGCUGGCGUCGAGGGAAUCAGCCUGCUUGUUGGUGCUGACCAGAUGUGGAAGCUUUUGUGCGGGGACGUCCGUCGCUGUGAGAGCCAUCCAGACCUCGUCGCCAUCUCCACCGUGCUCGGAUGGACAUUUCAGGGACAGCCCUGUACCAGAAGCACCAUUACCGACGCCGCUAAUGUCAUGGUAUGUGUGCUGCGAGCAGGGAUAGAAAACGAUGACCAUCAAACCUCCCUACGCCAGCUAUGGGAACUGGACAGUAUCGGAAUAACAGAUGAUCCAAAAUCUAACACACUACAAAACGAAGAGGUCCACAGAGAAUUCGAAAAAAGCAUCGUUAAAAUUGACGGCCACUAUGGGGUCUCUCUCCCUUGGAAGGCAACGCCAAACACUUUGGACGAUAACUAUGCCGUUGCCGAGAAGAGAUUGCACAGGUUAGUCAACCGGCUCACCUCAGAUGGCUGCCUCACCGAAUAUGACGAAGCUAUCAGGGGGUACCUGAGACAAGGUCAUGCUGAAAAGGCUCCGGACGCCACUGGAACACACGGGCGUGUGUACUACAUGCCACAUCGAGCGGUUAUAAAGCCUGACUCGUCAUCAACCCGGCUCCGAGUGGUCUUCGACGCGUCCUCGCAUGCCAGUAAAUCAAGUUCCCUCAACGACCAUCUGGAGAAGGGUCCCAAGAUCAACUCCGACCUAGUUCCAGUGUUGCUCCGGUUCAGGAUGAACGCAAUUGCCCUGACAGCUGAUAUCGAGAAGGCCUUCCUUCAGAUCGCCAUUAACGAAGCAGAUCGCGACGCUCUGCGAUUCCUGUGGUUUGCUGACGUGCCGACAGUCAACCAUCCGUUGCCAGCUGUGGAGGAAUGGCGUAUGACACGGGUGCCAUUCGGGACAACAUCUAGCCCAUUUCUUCUAGGAGCCACCUUGCAAUACCAUCUCAGGAAUGCGCGGGAUGACCAAGCGGACGUCGCGACGAUUUUGGAGCGCUCGUUCUACGUAGACGACCUUCUCGCGGGCGCCUCUACAGUGGAGGAGGCAAAGACAAUAAAGGACACAGCUCAAGCCUUGAUGGCGGAAGCCGGCAUGAACCUAACGAAAUGGAGUUCGAAUUCGACGGAGCUACAGCAGCAUAUCAACGGCACGAGCUCCACUGCGGCUCCAUCAGUAACGGAACCCGAGAAACGUAUAAAAGCGGGAGAAGUUUCCAAAGUACUUGGAAUAGUUUGGGACCACAAGAACGACUGCUUCGGGUUCUCGGGUGAACACUUACUGGAGGUCCUCACCAUCCUACGGAAUACGAAACGUUCCGUACUUCAGAUGUCGGCACGGGUAUUUGACCCUCUUGGAUUUCUCGCACCGUACUUCAUCCGCGUGAAGAUCUUAUUUCAGCGUCUUUGGGAGAUCGGUUUGGAUUGGGACGAUCCUUUACCAGACGGCACACUGGCUGACUGGAGAUCAUGGAGUUCAGAGCUGAGAAACCUACCAACCAUAACUGCUCCGCGAUACCUAAUGACGGGAAUAAGUCGGGCGGAAAAUCUCCAACUUCACGUAUUCACCGACGCAAGUCCGCUAGCCUAUGGCGCAUGCGCCUACCUACGAGCAGAAGACAACGAUAGGCAGGUCAGCGUCAACCUAGUGUUUGCGAAAUCUCGUGUUGCACCGCUGAAGAAACUAACGUUACCUCGACUUGAACUCAUGGGAGCAGUGAUUGGGGCACGAAUGGCGUCAUUCUUGCGGACAUCCUUCCUUGCUGAAAAGCUGCCCGUGUACUUCUGGACAGAUUCCACAAUCACGCUCUGUUGGAUUCGCGGGACUGCCAAUGCCUGGAAGCCAUUCGUCGCAAAUAGAGUGUCCGAAGUGCAGUCGCUGAGUGACCCGGACGCGUGGAAUCAUUGCCCUGGCUCUCAAAAUCCGGCGGACGCACUGACACGCGGACAAACAGUCGAAAAACUACGUGACAGUCAACUGUGGUGGCGCGGGCCGAGCUGGCUCUCAGAACAAGAAGAACAUUGGCCUCGCCAGGAAGCUCACAUCACGGAAAACCUACAGUCUGUUGAAGUAGAAAAACGACGACAAGAGGUCAUCGUUAUGACCACCGUGGCUGCACCACCACCGUUGAUGACAGUGUCAGGCUUCAGCUCCUACACAAAGUUACUUCGAGUCACCGCGUGGUUACUACGGUUUGUUAACAAGUGUCGGAAACAACUUCUCGCGUCUGAAACGUUUUUGACCACAGCUGAAAUCAACAGAGCGGAAAUCCUGUGGAUCAAGCAGGCUCAGAUCAACUGCUACGCGAACGAAAUCCGUCAUCUAGAACACGAGGGUCAGGUGCAACGUGGCUCAUCGAUCGCCGACCUUCAACCGUACAUCGACGACGAUGGAUGUCUAAGAGUGAAGGGACGUCUGCACUACGCCAACAUUUCGGAAGAAACGAAACACCCAAUUCUUCUUCCAAAAGACAGUGAUGUGACCACGCUGAUUGUAAACGCUGCUCACCUACGAACUUUGCAUGGUGGACUACAGUCUACGCUGUCUGAUAUUCGGGAGAAAUACUGGAUUCCUAGCGCCCGGCAGAUGGUGAAACGGACAAUUUUCAAGUGUCUCAUUUGUCGAAGGUGCCGACUGGAACCUGCCAGUGCUCCCACUGCGCCCCUCCCGAAAGAGCGAGUCGACCAGAGUCAUCCCUUUGACGUUGUAGGGCUUGACUAUGCCGGUCCGCUGUUGGUAAAGACAACCGGACAACACGAAAAAUCCUACAUUCUGCUAUUUACGUGCGCAACAACUCGUGCAGUUCAUCUCGAACUAGUGACAAAUCUGUCGACCGAAUCUUUUCUCCUAGCACUGCGCCGUUUCGUUGCCCGAAGAGGCCUACCGAGCACGUUCUACAGUGACAACGCCCUCACCUUUAAAAGAGCUGCAAAGGACAUUCAAGUAAUGUGGAAUAUUCUCCGCACAAGCGAAACGCAGGACUUUUGCAGCAAACAUCGCAUAACGUGGCGGUUCAUUGUGGAGCGGGCACCCUGGUGGGGGGGAUGGUGGGAGCGGAUGGUGCGUACAGUAAAGACUUCACUUCGGAAAGUUCUCGGCAGGCUGAGCCUCACCUUCGAAGAGCUUAUGACUGUAUUGGUGGACAUCGAGGCAUCAAUCAACUCCCGUCCUUUAACCUAUAUCCACGCGGAUGCCAGCGAGCCUGUGGCGCUAACCCCAGCGCACUUCCUUGUCGGGAAAAGGCUGACAGCUUUGCCAGAGGUUGAAACAACGCCUACAGUUUCCACUCACCACAGCAUCACACGUCGGUGGAAAUACCGACAACGCUUAAUGAACAGCUUCUGGCAGCGCUGGCAAAAGGAAUACCUUCUAGAGCUGCGGUCAGCCCAUUUAACGCCGGACCGGAAGUCAAAAUCGCUGAAAGAAGGGGACCUCGCUAUCCUUCGAGACGAUAAUGUGCCGCGACAUAUGUGGAGAACGGUGCGCAUUGUUGCCAGCCACCCUGGAAGGGACGGGCACGUACGGGCCUACACUGUGAAGAUGCCGACAGGGACCAUCACCAGGCGGCCAGCGCAGCUACUGUAUCCCCUGGAGGCCUCAGAGUCGCCCACACCCUCUUAA